GAGUUAUUUCACCCGCUGUCUUCUUCCCAAAGUCCACUCUAGUCUCCACUCCUCACGACGCCGGCCUGCUUUCCCCCACGCAAAUUUCAACCUCAAAGUUGGUGCCGGCAUGGUCACAUCUGAGAAGUUGCCAUACAUUCUUAUCUUCGAGCGUGAUAUUUGUGUUUAUUCGACAAUUUCAUCAUGCGCGCCAAGCAUUUCAGACCUCGACCAUAUUCUUGCAUUGCAUUCUUGCUGGUUCUGAAGUAGUGUCGAUUUUUUCUUCGAGCAGAAUAUCUCACUGUCUCAGAGUUCGUUGCCUAAGGUUAGCUGGAUUUAGGAUCCUCGGUGAAAUGUGAACAAAUGAUCAACCUCGUGGGAAUGGCUGAUUUUCUGGAGCGUCUGUCACGAACUUAGUUGGUAUGAGCUUCCUUCCUGAGAAGAGUGGGAAUCUUUCAGACACUCGUUCAGUACGCAAGCAAUCAGCGGCUUAAUCUGGAUUCUUCUGGAGCUUCGCAGUUGAUUCUGUGGGACGUUGGAGCUCGUCUGCUUUACGGCAUCAUCCGAAAUGUCUCAGACCGUGGUGAUGAAUGUGGCGAUGGUCUGUGAAGGGUGUGCAAUAAGUGUGAAGAAGACUCUCAAGAAGAUUCCAGGUGUCACUUCCUACGCAGUAAACUUCAAAGAGAAAAAAGCAACAGUGGUUGGAAACGUGGACCCAGAGGAUGUGGUGCGUCGCGUGAGCAAGUCUGGAAAGGCAGCGACUUUGGUGUCGGCCACUCCCACCCCACCGCCACCCGACCCACCCAAGGAGGACGCUAAGCCUGAAGCACCACCUGCAAAGAAGAAAGAGGGAAAGGGUGCCUUCGUUUCUCUUCGCCAGAAAAUGCCGAACCUGCGGCCAAAGAUGCCUGACGUGAAGCUUCCGAAGUCUGUGGCCAUUGCGAUGGCGAAGAUGCCAGACUGCCGGAAUUUGCCCAAGACGUUGCCAGAUUGCCGCAACAUGCCGAGGAUGUUCAACCAAGCCAUGGAUAAUUUCAGGGCAAAAGGGGUGUUUUUCGCCGCAGACAACAUGACCGACUCAGAUUAGUCCCUUGACGUAGUCAGAAUAAGAGACUUUGUUCAAUGACUUUGUGAAGAGAUCGACAACGGAAUAAAUCCAAACGAGAUCUCAGCAGUUUUGAACAUUAUGCAGCAAUUUUAGUUCAGCUUGCAAAAAAACACAUUAAGUAAAAUACUCGAAGUGUAAAAAACAUUUAAGAACCCAGGGCUAAUGCUCUGAUCGCAUUUUCGUUUCUUAGGUCA